UUUUUUUUUUUUUUUUUUUUUAAGACUCCCGUCUUUCGCAGCUCAUAUUCAUUACCACCACCGCUACAAUGAUCGUCAACAAGAAAUUCGACCGCUUCAAACAAUGGGCUGGAGAGAGAAUGGGAGGUGAAGUCAAGACUAAUGUCUCUGACGACUUCAAGGCACUGGAGACGGAAAUGACAGUUCGUCAUGAAGGUAUUGAUCGAAUUCAUAAGUCUAUGACCGCCUAUGUCAAAUCCAUUUCCAAGCGCAGCGAAGGUGAUGACAAGGAGAAGACUCUACCCAUUGCUCACCUGGGAGGAACUAUGAUCACCCACGGAGAGGAUUACGAUGCGAACUCCGAAUACGGACGCUGCCUUACCAUGUUUGGAAGGGCAGAAGAGCGUCUAGCGCGCAUCCAAGAAGCCUACAUAGCACAGGCGACUACGAGCUGGCUCGAGUCCUUGGAGCGAUCCUUGACCCAAUUGAAAGAUUACCACACUGCGCGCAAGAAGCUGGACAGCCGACGCUUGGCGUACGAUACUUCGCUCUCCAAGAUGCAGAAAGCUAAGAGGGAGGAUUUCCGUGUCGAGGAGGAACUACGCACCCAAAAGGUUAAAUACGAAGAAGCAAAUGAAGAAGUGCACCGGCGUAUGGUUGAUAUUAAGCACUCUGAAGCUGAGAAUAUCAUGGAUUUGAAUGCAUUCCUGGAUGCGCAACUGAACUAUCACGAGCAAUGCAGGGAGGUGCUGCUCCGAAUGAAGAACGAGUUUCCUACCGACCAACCCUCCAGCCAGACUUCGAAUGGCCGCCGUGGAACGCGCUCCAGAUCUAAUACUGCACAUUCGUUCCAUGAUCGCUAUGAGCCCCUGCAUGAGGAGCAGACUAAUGAAGUACGACCAAUUAUUCGAUCCAACACACACAACCUGAUCGAGACUCCUAUUCGGGGACCCUAUUCUCAAGACACAAGUCCCGCUCGUCCUGUUCUGGGCCGCACGCCUACAUUCGAAGGCCCUACACAGCUACGGCAGACUCAAGAGUAUUCUUCGAGCCAAUGGCCCCCCCGCACGAACAGUGAGAACUCGGUCACGCGCAGAAACAGUAUUCAAGCCCGUCCUAUUAGCCGAGUGGUCCCUGACCGCGCAGACGAUGCUAGUUUCCAGAGCGGCAGUGUUUCUGAUCGAUCGGAUCACGGCUGGCCGGAAACCCAAUCUACAUCCGGAGAAACAUUGUCACGAAGAACGAGCAUGGCGACCCUGAACAGCAUUACUGCUCAUAAAAAAGCUCCUCCUCCACCACCUCCCUCCCGCGCCAAGAAACCCGCCCCUCCACCUCCUAUGAAACGGCCUAUGAUGAGCGCAACUCAGGUGUAAUGAUUUGGGGGUGGGUUGCUUUGGAUAGAAAUCUCUGUAUCGGGAUCGAUCCGACCGUAGUGACGACCGCGCGCGCUUUUCGUACACGUGUCUAGUUUUAGCCAUCGGUUUUCUCCGCUUUCACCUCGCUGGCGAGCUUGAAAGGCGGGCCCAGUCCUGGUUUGUCAGAGGAAAACGUGUUAUGAUUUUGACAUUAUGUAUCAUUCUUAGUGAUUCUGUAAAGCAACAACUGGUGAUGGGAGAUUGUAUUGGUGACAUGGAGUUUGAGAGCGGUUUAAUAUAUUCUUCUUGGUAUCAUGCA